GGGCUGGGAGAGGAAGGCUCCAAACUGUCCUAUAGAGACAACCCGAGGGGGGGGGGGGGGGAAAAAAAAAAAAAACAAGCUCGGGUAGCGCUUUUUGUGACCACUUCUCCCACCCCCCCAACAAAAAAAAUUAACAAUUCCGCCCCGACAGAGAUUAAUAUAUUUUAUUUGAAUGAUGCGGUGAAACGGUUCAUCCCGCCACCCAGCUUCAGUCAGAGAGAGAGAGAGAGUGUGUGUGUGUGUGUGUGGGAGCCGGCAUCUGGCUUUGGUAGUAGUGAGGCGGGGUGGGGGAAGAGACACUCCUCCUCCGGUCAGAGAGAGAGAGAGAAGGGGAGGCCGGGGCCUGCAGGUGGGUAAGGUCCUGCAAGUCCCGGGGAAGACCGUGUGGUCCGGAGUUAAAGCCGAGAGGGAGAGGGAGAGGGGUGGGUGUGUGAGCGGAGGACAAGCCGGGGCGGUGUGAUGAGGGGCAGGAGGUGGUGUCUGCUCUGAGAGAGGAGGCUGGGUAAAAGGGGUUUAGUGUGUGUGUGGUUUUUUUUGGGGAGGCGGGAGGUGUGUGGGGGAGUGGGCGGGGAGCUCACACACACACACACACACACCGGCCGGUGACCGGCUGAUCCUUUUCCCCUGGGUACCAGCCGGCUUGACAGGUCCGGCUCUCAUUCCCAUUCCCCGCACACACCCACCUCCUUGUCGCAUUCACUUUGGGGGGAGCUGUCCAUCUAUUUUUGGGAGGGUUUUUUUUUUAAAAAGUAUUUUUUUGUUGUUUCUCUCUCUCUCUCUCUCUCCGCCCCCCUCUCCUUCCCCUCCCCUCCCAUUCCCCAAUGCCAUGAUGCACCAGUCGGAGAGCGCGGCGGACAGGAAGAUGGCGCACCCGCUCUACCCCCGGCGGAGCGGCACUAACCACCCGCCGCCGCCUCCGCCUCCUCCACCGCCUCCUGCGGCCGCCGCCACGCCAGGCCCAGGCUCCGGCGGGGCCUCGCUAGGCAGCCUGAUGGGGCAGCCGGCUCCGACGCGCCCGCACCCGGACGACGCUCUGCGCUCGCCGGCCCUGGCGGCGUGCUCCGGGCCCGGUGCCGGCUCGGUGCCGGCCCCGCCGCAGACUCUCAGCCUCCACGGAGCCGGGACCGUACCUCUUUCUCCUGCUGCCGCCGCUGCUGCUGUCGCCCCCGCCGGUCCCGGCUCGAUGGCCGGGUCCCAGAUGAAGAAGAAGAGCGGCUUCCAGAUCACCAGCGUGACCCCGGCGCAGAACAACGCCGGCUCCAACAACAGCAUCGCCGAGGACACCGAGAGCUACGACGACAUGGACGAAUCUCACACCGAGGACCUCUCGUCCUCCGAGAUCCUCGACGUCUCCCGGGCCACCGACUACGAGCCGGAGCGCAGCUCGUCCGAGGAGACCCUCAACAACGUGGGCGACGCCGAGACCCCCAGCGCCCUGUCUCCCAACCAGCCUCGCCUGCCUCCCCACCAGCCGGCUCUCUUCAACGGCAGCAUCCACGGCCUCCAUCCGCCCCCGGCUCACCACCACCACCCGAGCCAUCACCACCACCACCACCACCAUCCCCUUCACCACCACCACCCUGCCAUGCUGGCAGGCCCUGGGAUGGCCAGUGCUGCCCCUUCAGGAGCGGGGAUGGUCCCUCCUGGCAACGUGACCACAAGCACAGAGAAAAAUGGCACCAGUGCACCCAUGCCCGGAUUAGUGAGUGGUUCGGUUGGGGCACCGGUGCCUCUGGCUUCCAACAUUGGCACCGUGGUGAAUGCUAGAACUGUAAGUGGCAUGGGGAGCAACGCGAGCGUUGGUGGGACAAGUGUUGGUGCCAGUGCUAGUGUUGUGGGUGGUACCACCGGCGUUAUCGGGGCUGCGUCCAGUACUGUGGCUUCUACCAGUGCGGCAGUAACACAGCCAGCAGCUGGCAGCUCCAGGUUCAGAGUGGUGAAACUGGAUUCUAGCACUGAACCUUACAAGAAGGGUCGUUGGGUUUGCACUGAGUUCUAUGACAAAGAAAACGUCACUGUUCUCACCGAAGGCGCCUCCGUGAACAGGACGCUGGACAGUGUAAAGCAAGCUUCUGUCACUGAUGCAAAUCUGGACGGGCAGAGUACCGGUGGAGGGAGUUCGGUAAGCGGCACCUUGAGUGCAGUGGGUUAUUACAUUGAAGCCGCUGGUAAUGGGGAGCCGGGGUUGAUUUCUGCCCCUCAGCAGCAAGCUUUUCAAGCACUGUGUAGUCAGCAGUUGGAUUUUAGCAGUGGUGGCCCUCUGGUACAGAGUGUUUCCCAGCCACAACUCUCACAGGCCCAGCUCCAUUCCCAAGAUGUUAUACAUUCGCAGCAGAAGCCAAGUGCUCCGCUCUCUGGUCGAGCAGGAAUCAGUAGUGUUCAGCAGACCCCAAUUCAACAGCAAUUACCAUAUUCUCAGCAACAGCAGCCUUCGCAGACCCUGUCAGCUGGGUCCCAGCUACAGCAACUAUCGUAUCCUCAGCAACAGCCAGCUUCACAGAUGACAACACAACAUAUUAUGUCAUCAAAUACAAGUGCUGUCAUUACAGAAUAUGUGCAGCACCCUCAAAUGCAGCCCUCUGCACAGCCCAUGCAGCAGAGCAGUGGUGGGCUUGGAGUAGCAGCCGCACCGUCCGGCCAACCACAACAUGUUCAAGGCCAAGCACAGUCUGUUUUAGCACAAGCACAAUCUGGACAGACACCAGGUCAGCCUGUAGGACAUCUUUCAGCAAAGAUGCCACCUACUGGUGCUGCCAAUGGGCAGCUGGUAACUGGUCAGCAAGGGAAUACAAUCUCUUUGCUACAACAGUCAUGUCCGCCAUCAAUUAACAAGUCAACGCCGAUCGGUUUGCAACCAAGUGCUCCUCCAACUGCUCCAGCGCAGCAGUUAGGGCAGCCUCUGCAGGCUGGGAUGGUACAGCAGCAGGCCAGCAUAUCAGGGCUUGUGCAGCAGGUAACUGUGGCACCACCAAAACAGCAAUUGCCAUCGCAACCACAAGGUCAAGGGGUCGAGUGUAUUAUUCAAAGCGUGAACAAUCAGACGAUAACUGGAAUAAGUUCUACACCAUCUACUGUUAAUACCAAUCUUCCCAAUGUUGGAUCCAAUGUGUCUACUAGUAUACCAACUGCACCUGCAAACGCUGUUCCGCAACAAACCACUACGCAGACCUCCGUGCAGAACAGUUUGAUCCAGAAAGCCAGCCAGCCUUCUGUACCAGCAAAUGCAAGCCUCCCUGUGGUACAAGCAGGGCCACAGAAAAUGGUGCCUGGCUCUGCCCACUACUCCACUCCCAUCCAGUCACUGUUGAAUGCAGUGGAAGAUUCACGGCGACCUGCAGACCAGCCAGCUCUGCAUGUAGAACAGGUAGCUAUUGGAGAAAGCGUACUGAGUGCAGCCUCUGCUCUGGUUCAGGAAAUUGCCAGCAGCGCCAACCUACCUGCUUCUGCAUCGCUGCUUCCUUUAAAGACCUUACCAUUGUCCAUGCAACCUGUGGAUGGUGAAGAUGACAGGUAA